GGGCGGCAAGGAGCGCGGCGCUGGUUAGUGGUCGGGGCUAGUGGGUGGCGGCGGGGCGCCCGCUGGAGCGGGAUGGCGGAUCCCGGAGCCGAAGCAGGGGAGCUCAGCCUCAUGGACAAAGGCAUCAAAAGUUUAGGAGAAUUACCUUUAAGUUCAGAACUUCACACGCUCAACUUGCACUGUAACCAGAUCUCCAGGAUUGAACGACUUGACCACUUGGUGAAUUUACAGCAUCUAGAUCUAUCAUCAAAUUGCAUACAUUGGAUUGAAGGAUUAAGCUCACUUUCCAAUCUGCGCAUCUUAAAUCUGGCUUGUAACUUAAUAACUAAAGUUGAAGGACUGGAAAAGUUAUUUAAUUUAACUAAAUUAAAUUUGUCUUACAACCGCAUAGAUGAUCUCACAGGAUUUUUAUAUCUCCGUGGACCCAAUUAUAAAAUUAGUCACAUUGAGCUUCACAGCAAUUGUAUUGGUAAUGUUAACCAUUUACUUCAGUGCCUGUGUGGAUUACAGUAUCUGACCAAACUUAUUUUAGAGAAAAAUGGAAAAAGUAAUCCAGUGUGUGCCAAAAUAGGUUACAGAGAGAUCCUGCUUCAGGCUUUACCCCAGCUAACUGUCCUAGAUGGAAAGAAUAUAUUUGGUGAACCAGUAAACUCAAUGGAAGCAAACUCAUCAGAUUUGAAGUGUUUGGAAGGACUUUUAGACUGUUUGGCUUCGUCCAGUUCUCCAGUUGAUAAAGAAGAGGUUUGGGAUGAUUUGCCUGUGAUAACACCCUGCAUUGAUCAAGUGUUAGCUCAGUUUCGUCAGCAUGCAGAUAGAUCAACCUGGCCCAGCACUACCUCUGCCACUGAGAUCAUAUCCUCUUCUGAGCAGGAAAGGAUUAAACUUGACAGUGACAUAAGAAUUAAAAAACUAGAGGCUCAGAUAGCGCACCUCAUGGAAAAGGUGGCUAAUUCUUCAAAAGGUGGCACUGCUCAGAAUGUUCUGAAAGCCAAGAGAGAGACUGAUGUCACUUCGGAGAGUGAUGGCGAAAGUGGAAAAGAAAACAGAAAGGUGGCAAAAAGAAGCAGGUUCCCUUAUAAUCGAAAAACAACUUUUUCUACCAAGAAUCACUCUCAGAGAGGGAAAAUCUCAGACAGGGGAGAAGUACAGACUUGCAUAAAGUCAAGAAAGCAGUUAUGCCAAGUCAAAGAAGAAGAAAAUUCAAGUCCGUCUUCAGAAAUACCAAGUCUGGAAGUAGUGGGGCAAUCAUCCCAAAAAUUGGGUGGGCAGAAAAUUCAGAAGAAAGCCCUAAAAAGUGUGGCUUCUAGUACUCAAGAAGAGUCAACUUACAGGGCACUAAUUCAAGAACUGGAUCAGGAGAGAGAGAAGAGAUGGAAGGCUGAGCAAGCUGAAAAGAAACUCAGUGAAAAUAUCAAAGAUCUGCAAAACCAAGCAAAAGAGGAAAAGAAUAUUCAAAGCAUGGCUGUUUAUACCACAGAUAGACUCAGAGAGCUGGUUUUGAGAGAGAGAGAUGCAAAGACAAAACUUCAGAUUAACAUACAACAACUGAAGGAAGAAGCCACAAGACUGAGCAAAGAAUUAGAGCAGUCAAAACAAAAAGAAAAGGAUCAACAAAAGGCACUGCAGACUUUAGAAGAGGCAUUGUCCAAGAUGGAGACACGAAGAGUACAGCAGCAAGCUUCAGAGAUGAAACAAAUUCGAGCAGCAGAACUUAAAGCUUCAGCAGCUGAGAGAGAAGUGCAGUUACUUAAAAUAUCUCUUCAGCAACAGAAAGAGAAGCUGGAAGAAGUCCAUGAACUUCUUACCUUGAGAGAACAAGAACACAGAAAAGCCCUUGAAACUAGAGUUACAUUAAAUGGCUCAGAGUUCCAAGAAGCUCUGUCAAAAGAAAUUUCUAGAGAACAACAGAAUCAUGAACAUCAUGUUAAAGAACUUCAGGAGAAAAUCCAUCUGUUAAACCAGAAUUACAAGGAAUUAGAAGAUGAGUUUCGUAUUGCAUUGACAAUAGAAGCCAAAAGAUUUACAGAGGUUAAAGAAGCCUUUGAUGCAGUUGCUGCUGAGUUGGCAGAACACAAGCGUAUUCUUGUCCAGUCUCAGCAAAAGGAAAAGCAAUCAGCUAGUCUAAUACAAGAGCUGACAUCCAUGGUAAAAGAACAAAAAGCAAAGAUCACUGAAGUAGUCAAAUCAAAGCAACAAACAACAUACAACUUGAAAAGUCAGAUCCGAACACUUGAAAAUAUGAUGGAAGAAGACAAACAGAAGACUAUUCAACUUGCACUUCUUAAAGAGGAAAAAUCAAAACUUAUUUCACAGAUAACAGCCCAGGAGUCCGUCAUUGAUGGAUUAAAAGCAGAAAGGAAAAUAUGGGGACAGGAGCUGGCACAACAGGGAGCUUCACUUGCUCAAGAUCGAGGAAAAUUAGAAGCCAGAAUAGAAGUUCUAACUAGUGAAAUUGAGGUUCUGAAAAAGCAAAAUGAAUGUAACAACGAUGCAUUGAAGAUUAAGUCUAAAAUUGUAGAAGAUCAAACAGAGACCAUUAGAAAGUUAAAAGAAGCCUUACAGGAACGAGAUGAGCAAAUAAGAAAGCGUCGUGAAGAAAGUACUGAAAAUCAGAAGAGGCUUCAGGUACAACUGGAAGAAAAAGAUACUCAGCUUGAUGACUUAAUGGAAAAGUUACAAAGGCAAAAUGAAAGAAAAGAGGAGCUAAAACAACAGUUGCAAGAAAAAAAUGCAGAGCUUGAAGAUAUCAAGAAAUCCUAUAGUGCAAUGAAUAAAAAGUGGCAAGAGAAAGGAGGACUGUUGAGCAAACUGGAAGCACAAGUUAAGCAAAUGAAAGAAAAAUUUGAUAUCAAGGAGAAACAGCUGAUUGAGGAGAGGGAUAAAAGUCUUCAAGCUCAGAAGGCUAUGAUGGAAAAGCUGCAUUAUAUGGAUGAUGCUUUUCGAAGACAACUUGAAUCAACACUAGCAGCACAUCAAGCAGAAUUACUACAGCUAGCAAAUGAAAAGCAAAAAGAAAUUGUGGCAGCAAAUGAAAAGGUUUACCAAGUGGAAGAAGAAAUGCGUCAACUACUACAAGAAACUGCAAGCAAUAAAAAGGCAAUGGAAGAGAAAAUUAAACGACUUACAGUUGCUUUGAGUGACAUUCAGCAGGAACUCUGAAAUACAUGAUACCUGGCACUUUUAGGGCCUUACUAAAUUCAGGAAAACAGUAAGCUAUUUAAUGCCUGCAACCAGAGAAAAUUCCACUAGAAAAAUGCUGCAUAUGGGGCACUUCUAUUUGCACUUUAUGUACAAUAUUUUCAAAAUAAAUAGCGUUCAUUGUACUGUC